UUGGCCAUUCAGGAGACAGAAGUUUUUCCCAGUCAGUGCACUCAGUUACCGCCAUAAUUUGAAUCAUCCCAUGUCACUGAUCACAGUGUUCGGCUGGUAGUAACAGUUCCAUUUCUGAUACUCUACAUUCUGUGAUCGAAUCAUGGUGGAAGGCCCGGGCUGCACGCUGAAUGGGGAGAAGAUUCGGGCGAGGGUUCCACCGGGUCAGACUGUGCAGGAGUUGAGGGGGAGCGCAGUAUCUGGCAAGAAAUCUGGAAAUGUUCAGCCUUCUGCAUCUGGUCAGAAUGUUUUAUUGUCACUAGUUGGAAGCAUCUACACUGCAGUGGAAACCUUGGGGAAGGAGCUUUUCUUGUAUUUCGGAACAAAAUCAUUACGAGUACACUUUGGCAUGAAUGGGUCGAUGCGGAUUAAUCCAGAAGAAAGAAAUGACAAAAGUGGAGGAGAGGCAGUUCUGAAAGUGAAGCUCUCGAAGGACCUGAUUUGUUUCUAUGACUCCACAGUUGAUAUUCGAAAUGCAGAUGACUGUAAAGAGAAAGUCAGGUUAUUUGGGGAUUUGGAUGUCUGCUCUUCCAAAUUCAGUUUUUCUAGAGCGGAAUGUGAAGUUAAGAAACAAAGAAAUCGUAUGCUUUGUGAUAUCCUGCUUGAUCAAGCUGUGUUACCUGGAGUUGGCAAUAUUAUAAAAAAUGAAGCUCUCUUUGAUAGUGGCCUCCAUCCUGCAAUACUGGCAGGUCAUCUAACAGAUGGACAAGUAUCUCACCUGGUGAAAAUGACUCGCGAUUUCACUCUUCUGUUUUAUAAGUGCCGAAAGUCUGGUUCAGCUCUCUACAAACACUACAAAGUCUACAAAAAACCAAACUGUGGCCAGUGUGCAACAAAGAUCACAGUAUGCCGCCUGGGAGAGAACAAUAGAAUGACCUACUUUUGUCCCAAAUGUCAAAAGGAUAAACCUGAACAUGUUGAUGUAAGUAAACUGCCAACAAGAAACAGUCUUAUCGGGUGGACAUACAGACAAGGUUCACAAGUAAAUGAAGAUGUAGCAAGAAGUGAUGAAGAACACUGGGCGUGUGAAGUAUGCACACUCAUAAACAAGCCUUCAGACAAACAAUGUGAUGCUUGCCUAACUCCAAAACCACAGGUUUCUUCAAGUAUGUCCAGUAAUGAAAUAGAAGAUACUAACACUUGCCUUAUUAAAUAUCCCUGUAAUAAUUUUGGAAAGCCACUCACACAAAUGAAAUUAAACAGAAGAGCAGCAUUUGGGAAUACAACUUUGGUCAUGACUGAUUUUAGUACAAAAGGAAUCUUGUAUGACGAGAACAAUGAUCAAAUUCAUAGCAAGAACUCCCCUUCAGAGACUUCAGUAAAUAGUAAUUAUAAUCGAGUACAAAUCACAUCAAGUAAGAGAGGCUGCAGUGAAAAUGAAGAGAGGACAAAUGCUCUUAAUUCAGUGAAUGGUGCUCUGAGUGAUAACUGCCUCAAUUCCUUUAAUCAUCCACGGAAGAAAAUGAAGACGGAACACACAACACCAAAACAUUAUUCAGAAAACAGCUCUCCAAUAAGUUCUCCGCGUGUUAACAUGACAGGUGGUACUUCUGCUUUAAAUGUAAACAGCCCUCAUUGCAGCAAACACCAGCGUCCCUGUGCACUGCAGGUUGUGAGAAAGGAUGGAGAUAAUAAGGGGAGACAAUUUUAUACUUGCUCUCUACCCAGAGAAAGUCGUUGUGAGCAUUUUGAAUGGGCAGAUUUACAGUUUCCUUUAUGUAACCACGCGAAACGCAGUAUUAUGAGGACAGUCCUAAAGCUUGGUCCAAAUAAUGGCAAGAACUUUUAUGUAUGUCCCUUAGGCAAGGAUAAGCAAUGUGGAUUCUUUGAAUGGGCAAAAACUGAACCAUAAUACAGUAAAGCCAAUCGUUUUAUUUGGCCUGAAGCUGAACAGUAUUUCUAUAACCGAUGAGAGCUUUUAACAGAAACAAGCUAUUGUAUUUUGAAUCUUCACCCACUCAGUACUUGUUGGUAUAACUGUCUUAUAACGUUAGGGGGAAAAAAAAGUCUUAUAAUCCUUAACUGCUCUUCUCUUCACUCGUUGCCUACGAUAGGGUGAAUAGUUAGGUGAAACUACUAUAUUCUCCUAUAGUAGCCAACAUGACUGGCAGGUAGCCUGUGCAAUCAUUACAGUUCAGACUUUUAUAAAUCUAUUACAUACAUCUCGUUAUACAUAAGUAUGUCCAGGACAAUGCAAUAUUUACUACGAAUUUAAGUGGCAGCUCCCUUUACCCGACUAAAUGUUAUUGAAACUUCUAUUGGGGCAUGGAGUGCAUAUCUCUGACACUUUAUGGAUGCAGGCACACAUUCUAUGUGUGCUCCUAAACAUUCUGCUGUCUGUAAGUGUAUCAGCAUUUCUUUCAUGAUGACAUUUGCUAUAAAUCAAAGAAAUAAUAACCAUAGCUACAUUUUUAUUAAUUUAGCUAUGGAUUACAGGAAAAAACACGGGAAGUGACAAUUUCAAACUAACAGAACUGCUUAUAAAUUUGUAUCUGUCCAACCUAUAUUUACAUGUUCAAUAGAUAUCUAGCAGCUUUUUUUAUAUGUUGUCAUAAAAUGUCAAAGUCUA